AUGGCGGCCUGGCGUGACCUGACGAGUGCCCUGGAGAAUGACGUGUCACUGCGCGUCCCCCCGGUGUCGGAGGCGCUCCUCUCCAACCCCGCCCUGUGGGCGCUCAUGCCCUACAGCAGCCGCCUCGUGGUGACGGUGCAGCAGGCGGUGGCGGCAGAAGACGGGUUCGGGCUCAUCGAGUUGGCAAAGGUCAGCGUCCCGGCUGACAUCCUGUACCAAUACCUGGAGCUGCUGGGAAGCUUCCACCUGGGGACCGUCGGCGUGGAGGCCAUGAACCUGCCCGAAAUGGUCAAGCGUCACUGGAGGAUGACCGACGCGACAGACGACGCCCUACUCCACGCGGCCUCCCUGCUGUAUUACGAGUCGACGCGGCUGCGCUGCACCGUGGCCGCCAAGAGCCGCCUGUUGGCGGGGCUCCUGCAGAGGUCUGUUGACUACGACCACCUGAAGCGCCACUGGCAGCGCCAGGCGCAGCGGCAGGAGACGGACAAGUCGCGCAACCCGCCGCUGAGGGGGCCGCAGCUGUUUGAUGAGUCGUACGGCCCCACCGUCUCGACGGCCCCGGGCGUUGCCCUGGACGACCGCCCCGCCUUCGGGACCGCGCCCGGCCCCGGCCGGCUCGUCAUCACGAUCGACCCACCCCCGGCUGAUGACCCCUAUGAACGCUACGAUGACGUCGACGACGAUGGCAACUUUGGCCAGUCCGAGGUUAGGCCGCCGCCCCCCGCCGAUGGCCUCAAGAUCUGGGCGUCCACCUACUACUGCGACCUCCACUACCUGUGGGCGGCAGCUACCUGGCAGCUGCUGGUGGAGUUAUCGCCAAACCCAGGGGAUCAGGCGGCGCGGUGGGACGGCGUGCGGCUGGCGGCCCUCGCGGCGGUCAACCAGAGUGUUGACUACCGCGACAGCUCGGUCUGCCCAGAUGCUGAGGACCCGGACGUCAGCGCGGCAUUCAGCAAGAGGAUGAGGUUCCGCAUCACCUGGGGCAAGGGCACCAACAAUAAAGGCGGCAAGGCCGGCGGCGGCGGCAAGCGGAAGCCGAGCGCCGCGGAGAGGGCCGCAGAGGCGCAGCGUGCGGCAGCAGCGGUGCUGGGGCCGCAGGAGGGCGGUGCCGCUGGCGCGCGGCCGCGCUCGACAGCCGUCGCUGGGGCCACGGCGGCGCUCGAGCGGCCGGUCACAGCUGCGUGGGGUGUCCUGGCUCUAGUAGUGCGCAUCCUCCUGGGCGCCCUGAAGGCAGGCUGGGCCCUGUUUGAUGACCCCGACAUACCCCCUGAAUGCGGCUGGUUUUCCCGCGUGGCAAACGCCUUGUACUGGGCCCUCAUACUAGUCCUGCCCCAGCAGCUUGCCCGCUACAACCCGCCCAACGUGUUUGUCCGGCAACAGCCCUGA